AUGGCGCCCCAGACUCUCCACGGCUCCUGCGCCUGCGGCCGCAAUCGAUACGUCGUUGAGAUCCCCCAGCAGCAGGUUUCGCUCGCUGAGAUACUGUGCGACUCUACUUCUGCGUCGCGACACCAUGCAGCCAGCCCAUUGACCCUCUGGCUUCGCGUCCCACUCGUCUGGUACACCUCCGCCACGUUCGCCCAACUCCCUGACGAAGAGCGCCCCAGCAUCCUGCGCACCUUUGUCUCCCCCUUCGCCUCCAAUACCCGCCGCCAGUUCUGCGGAUACUGUGGUACCCAACUCACAUCAUGGCACGAGCGGACACAGGAAGAUGCCGAGCACAUCCAGUUGACCGUCGGCAGCCUGCUAGACGAGGACCAGGAGCUCUUGGGACAACUAGGUCUACUCCCAAGCGUGGAUAGCAGUGAUGAGGAUGCGGACGCGAUAGAUCCAAUGGAGGGUCCUUCCAGACACCCACAGUCACGAUCGGUGGCACGUUCAGGACCCUACGCUCGCGGUGCGCCGUGGUUCGAGGAGCUCGUUGAAAAUUCCAAACUAGGACGCCUCAAGAAGCAGAGGGGCGGCCACUCAUCUCGUGACGGCAAUGUCAGGGUUGAAUGGGAGGUCAUGGAGUGGACUGAGGGCGAUGAUGCAGACGAUGAGGGCAUGGCGUCGGGUAAGAGAAAGGCAGGUGAACUAGAGGGCGAUGACAUGGAGAUGAGGACGGCGUAA